AUGAUCAGACACUUGCGCUGGAUUAUUUACGGCGAGCAUGUGAAACUGGAAUUUAUCAAGCAACUAUCGACCGUACUUUCAACACCAUCAUACGCCAGUUUUGUACGUCAAGCAGCUGGUUUACAGCUCAAAAAUGUCUUAGUUGCGAAAGAAGAGGCUACGAAAACUCAAUAUCUCAAAAGAUGGCUUGCAUUGCCUGUAGACGUGCGUGAAUUCGUGAAACAAAAUGUUGUGCAGACGCUUGGUACGGAGCAAUUUAGGCCAUCGGUUGCAGCGCAAUGUGUUGCAGCAAUAGCAUGUGCUGAAAUUCCCGAAGAGUUAUGGCCGAAUAUCAUAGAUCAUUUGAAAAAUAAUGUGAUAUCGAGUAACAAUGAAGUUUUACGAGAGUCUUCCUUGGAGGCAUUAGGCUAUAUUUGUCAAGAUAUUUCUGGGACAAAGCUAGAAUCACAGGCUAAUCUCAUUCUAACAGCCAUUGUACAUGGAUUGCGAAAAGAUGAACCCUCAAAUCACAUUCGUCUUGCAGCAGCUAAUGCUAUGAUGAAUUCACUGGAAUUUACAAAAGAAAAUUUCAACAGAGAAGUUUGUUCUUGGUUUUUUUUCCAGUGGUAG